AUGGCGGAUACUAUCACUACUACCAGUACCAGUACCGUCAAGCCUCGAAGGGAAUCGAGAGAACCAAGGGACACAGGAUUCCCGGAGCCCUUUAACAAUGUCCGAAACACCACGCUCCCACAUCCAGAUGCGGAUCUUUCACCCAACGCUUGUCUCACUCAAGAAGAUAUCGAUCCUGACCGAGCACUUAUGCGAACUCGGCGAUCUUUCCUUAGGAAGAAACGACGCACUCUCAACCAUGGGCGCAUAACCCCUACUUCGGAAGCUCUCUACAGUGUGUUCUCCUUGGUUCAAUCUGAUGUUGGAGAUAACGAGAGCAUCAGAGCCGGCAACCCAUCUAUGAACAGCUUCCGCCCAUCUACAUCAAGCAUCCGACUCUCCAAGGACGAGACCGAUAGUCUCGCGUCUAGGAACACGAGGAGAGACGAAGAGGACACACCACCAACUUCGCCCGACGUACCAACCCAUCGCUCUAAGAAAGGAUUUAUGAGCAAGUUUCGGAGGGGCUAG